AUGGCUGUAAAUCAACCAGUUUUCGUAGAUACCGAUAAAAUAAAUGCAAAUAAUAUUUGUUUACAAAUAAGUAAAUGGGAAAUAAGCAAAGAAAAAUGUGAAGAACUUUUUAAAGACAAACAGAUUAUGAACCUAAAGGAGUAUAUAUCUAAAUAUGAUGAUGAAAUAAAAAAUAAAAAGAAUAACAAUGCAAGUGAUAAUGUAAAAGAUUUAGAAACACAAGACAUUGUAGUAAUUUGUGUUAUAGUUAAUAUUCCAUAUCAAGUUCGAAAAUAUAAUAAUGAAAAGUAUAUUUUUUGGGAUGUAUCAGAUUUAGUAGAUACACAAACAAGAAUAUUUUUAACAGGUGAAAUAUGUGAGCAAAACGAGCAUGUCAAAGAAGGGGCAAUACUAGCUUUAGUAAACCCAUUUAUAAAAGAUAAAGAUCCGCAAUAUUAUAAUUCACGUAUUAUUGAAAUAUAUGAUAAUAAAAAUUUAAUAUUAAUAGGAUCAGUUGAUAAAUUAGAAAAAUGUAAAGGUAGAAAAAGAAAUGGAGAAAGUUGUAAAAUUAUUUUAUAUACCCCUUUGUUUGGAAACUAUUGUAAAUAUCAUAUUAAGCAAGAUAAAUCAAAAAAAAGAAAAAAAAAAAAUGAACAAAAUGAAAAUUAUCAAAAUAGAAUAAUCGAAAGAGAAGAAGCAAAUACAGUGAAUUCCACUGAUCAUAUAAAUAUAAAUGAAAAUGAUACUGUAUGUUCUGAUAUAAAUAGUAAAGAACCAAGCCAAAAAAAAAGUAAAAAAUCAAACAAAAAUAAUGACACCGGAACAAAUGAUGAAUCCUUUGAUAUUGAAUCGAUAAUAUCUAUGUAUGAAAAUAAAAUAACUGUUAAAGAUAAAAAGAAAAAAAUUGAACUAAUUAAUAACAGAAUAAAAGAAUUAGAUGAUUUUUCAAAAUCACAUAAUGAAGGAAUUGAUAUAGAAAUGAUAAAAAAAGAAAAUUCGUUAAACACAAAAGAUGAAAAUAUACAAAGAUCAAUCAAUAAUAUAUUUUCUGAACAAUGCCCUGAAUUAUUACAUUUAAUUAAUAGGACAACCCAAAAAGAUAAAGCAGAACAAGACCCGGAAACAAUUUUAAAAACAAAAGAAGACGAAAUUAAAGCAAAUGAAUUAUCAGCUAUUAAUGAAGAAAAACAAAAAAAAAAAUUUGAAAACUUUUUAACAAAAUUAAUUCAAUUACAAAAAUCAAAAGAUGAAAAUGAUGUAAAAACAUUAUUAAAAGGUUUAAUUAAUGUUACUAAUAAUUUUUAUUUUAAUUUAAAACAUGUACAUAAUUCAAAUAUAUUUGAUAUAUGUUAUAAACUAAUGGAUCAUCGAAGUGAAGAAGUAGCUAUAGCUGCACUUCGAUUUAAAAGAAAAAUUAAUCGUCUUUAUUUAGAUUAUUAUAAAACACGACUUAAGAGAAAAUCAAAUCUUCAAACAUCAGUAAGUCAGGAUUAUGAAGCAUCAAUAAAUAGCUAA